CAUUUCCAUAACCUAAGGGGCCCAAGUUAAUACUUCCCAUGUAUUAGGCCUAAAACCCCACUUCCCCAACCUUGGCGUUUCUCCCACACCGCUUAAACCCAUAUUCGGGUCGCCACCGUAAUCACCAUCUCCGGCACUAUUACAAAGUCCAAUCAAUUCCCUAAUAAUCUCUUAUGACAUAAAGCUCUGCACUAAUCAUGAGGUCCUUCAAUCAAUUAAUCUCUCAUUCUUUGUCUCGCCGUUCCAGAACCAUUUCCACAUAUCAUCAAACACCUUAUGUGCAUUCCCACUCUAGACCAUUUCCGCAUUCCAAGAUUCAAACUUUCUCCAAAACCCACUGUUCAAAUUUCACAACGUCUGCUCAGGAAUCAAAGCCAGCCCCGUCAGAGAGAGUAUCAGCUAUAGUCAAUGAGAUUUCAGGUCUAACAUUACUGGAAGUAUCUGAUUUGAGUGAGGUUUUAAGGAAGAAAAUGGGUAUUGAGGAAAUGCCUGUAAUGGCAAUGAUGAUGCCUGGAAUGGGAUUUAGCCCUGGAGGGAUGAAGGGAAAGGGUGCUGGAGGUGCUGGAAAGACGGAAGAAAAAGCGGAGAAGACUGUGUUUGAUUUGAAACUUGAAGGGGGAUUUGAUGCUGGGUCGAAGAUUAAGAUUAUUAAGGAAGUGAGAUCUUUUACUGAUCUGGGACUUAAAGAGGCUAAGGAGUUGGUGGAAAAGGCUCCAGCUAGUUUGAAGAAAGGGGUUACUAAAGAGGAGGGGGAGAAAAUUAUUGAGAAGAUGAAAGCUGUUGGAGCGAAAGUUACAAUGGAGUGAGAUUCCUUGAUUGUAUCUUUGCAACGUUUGGGAGCUUAGAGGUCAUGACUUUGUAACAGAAUCUGCAUUUGGUGAUGCUUCAGGUUGGGAGAUUCAUGGUUACUGAGCAAGCAUAUUAACCAGCCCAGUGGCUAUCUUUUCUAUUUCAAAUAAAGGAGACCUUGAAGGUUCCUGGGACAUUGUAGUGCUGUUUGGUUGAACUGACAUCUUAAUAUGGAUGCACAAUGUUAUAGGUUUGAUAGGUUAUGAGCUGAAAAAACUACCGUAUAUUUUGCGACCAUGCGUUAGUUUUCAUUCCAGUAGAGACCAAUUUGUACUUUUUAUUUAAGUUGUUUAGGCUCCGGAGGUUUGAGAUUAUCAUGACAAGGUUGACACACAGUGAAAGAAUUGGACUUUUCUGUUUCUAAUUCACAUUUCAAGUUAAUAGACAGGAGUGAUGAUGAUUGCUUGGUUG